CAUCCCAAAAAAGAAGACAAGCAUGCAGCCUACUUGUUAUCUUCUUGCAACACAUGUGCAACACCCCUUCGUGUUGACAUGCACACAUGCAACAGAGAUACAGAAACCAUGAGAAAGACACAUGCGUAGCUCUGUAAUGAAGAACCGCUGGACUCUUGAUUUGUUGCCAAUUUUGGCUACGGCAAGUUUGCUCAUCAAGAUAAGUGGAAUAAUUGCUCUUCGCCCGGAGUUGACUGGUCCUGACAAGGCCUACCACAACUCAAAGGUGGCUUUCCGGUGUAUUGCGCCUGACUCCCCUCCACCUGUCACAUAUGAGCUGUUGAAGGACAGCACUAUUGUGAUUGCCAAAGAUAUCGAUCCCAUAGGGGACCAAUCCUCAUCAUUCUUUCUGAAAGUCUCAGCAGCAUCAGACGGGUCUUACCACUGUAGGGCAACAGCUGGAGGAAAAACAGACGUCAGCAACAGCAUCAAGCUGAGUGUUGUCAGCCCACCAUCAAACACCAGAGUGACCUCCGACCCCUUCCCCCCAGUUGCGUAUGAGGGGUCACGCCUUGUCCUGAGCUGCGAUGCUGAAACAGGCUCACACCUUUCCUACACCUGGUAUUUCAACAGGAAGGAAGUAACAUCUUCAGUCUCGACCUUAUUCCACCUAACUGGGAACAAGCUAGUGAUGGAAAGUGUGACUCCAGAGCAUGCUGGAGAUUAUUCUUGUUGGGCUUGGUCCAUGGUGUAUGACGUCAGAAGGGUUUCUAGCAGCCUGGACGUUCUGGUGACAAUCAAAGUCUAUGUUUCAAAACCGAAGAUCUCCUUCUCCAUUUUCAAAGAGGGAGACAGUUACCGUGGCAACGUAACCUGCUGGUCAUCAAGAGGGAGUCCUCCGGUGAACUUCUUUCUCCUACUAGAUAACAAGGAGGUGGGAUUUGUCACAGCAACAGACUCCCUCACUGCCUGGUUCCAGGUCGCCGUGGUACCCGGGCUGGACAUGGGCGUUGCGCAAUGUCGGAUAAAAACUGAGCUGCAGGAACUGAUGAGUGAGCCGAUGACUCUGGAAGUAGUUCCAGUUGGAGGCGAUGUGAAAGUGGAGGUGGAACAUCUGUACUCAGCCGAAUCCAAAAUGGUCGCUGCCAGGCUGAGCUGCCAUGUCAGCAGAGGAACUUUCCCUCACUUCUCCUGGCUCUUAAACGACACCGUCCUUCCCUCUGAGUCUCAUGAGGAUUUCCACAGCCAGUCCACCCUGCCUCACUUUGUCCUGGCUGAUCACAGACAAACUCUCAUCCUCACUAAGCUUGACCCCAAGGAGUCUGGGUAUUACCGCUGCAGGGCCAGAGAUGACUACGAAGACUCUGGGCCGUGGGUGGAGAGUGCAGCUGAAAUUGUCCAAGUCACAGAUUCUGCAAACAACAAAACAUCCUGCGCUCCUCAGCACAAUGAUGUUUACUUGACCACCAUCGAGGUGAUCACCAUCGCAUUCUGCUGCUUCCUUCUGCUGACGCUGGCUGUGGUUUCAGCCUGCAUGUACAAGAUGUUUGACCACAACCACGCUCAUACCCACAUUUCUUCGCCAAAGUCUGAGGCUCUUCCUCUUUCAGAGCCGACGUCAGGAAAACUGGCUGAUACCUCCUCUACAGAUUGUGAUGUCCUGAAUUAGGUGUACAGGCCGACAAAAUACUAAAUAUACUCUAAUUUACAGCUCCCAUAGCUUGCUCCAAACAAUACAAAUAUGUUCAACAUUUCUCCAAGUGUCCACUAAUGUUACCAACAAUGGGAAAAAAAUGGAGCCCUUACAUACUAUAGAUAUUUUACCAAGGUUAAAUAUUUUAAAUAAGACUCUACCAUGUUAUUGACAGAGUGUAUUUACCUGAGAAGUUAAAAUAUAAUAAAAAUGAAAAACCUACAUGAAGUUUGUGAGAAUACAACAUUAUCGGACCAUAAUGGAUAUAAAGAUCCUACAGCAUUGUUAUGUAAAUUAGCCUGACAAACUAAAAUCUUGAGGCUAAAACCCUACAGCAUCAUUAAUAGCAGAGAACUUGACUAAUGUAGAACUUUUCAAGUUUUUAAGUUUCCAUAGAGAUGGCGGGAUGCAUGGAUGCAGCAGCCCCUUCAGGAGACAGCGAGAGGGAACGUUUUGAGUGUCUUGUCUAUCCCAGACGUUCAUUUACAGCCAAGAGACUUGUCAGGGCAAUGAACGUUGCUAAUAUUGCUGCAGCCGGUUGUGAUUUGGACACACUACACCAACAGACCAGCUGUACCGUCGCUCCUACUCUCCAAUAUCCGCUCCCUCGACAACAAGCUAGACGAGCUACAUUUGCUGGAAGAAACCCGCAUAGAGUGGAAACACUGCUGUGCAUUUGCUUUUACAGAAACAUGGCUCAAUGACAUCAUCCCAGACGGCCAUAGACCUGGAGGAGAUGACAUCGUUCGGGGCGGACAGACAGCUAGCUUUGAACUUGUCCAGAGCGGCUGCAGGAGCAGGACAUUGAACAUUGUCAGGGACUCCUCACACCCUCUCCAUAAACUGAACUGCUGCUAUCAGGCAAACAUUUCCGGAGCACUGAAAGAAUAAACCUCCAGACUGAUCAACAGCUUCAACAGCUUCAUUCCAUAAAGCUGUCAGAUGCUGAACUGCCAAUAGGAAAAGAAAAUAAAGAAGGGAAGACUGGUGUUUCCUCUGCUUAGAAUCUGCUUGCCUAUAUCUCAUAUCUUGUCGUGUCAAGAUCUCCAAAAACUCUUACAUUCCCCUCUGACUAUACUAAACCUUAACAACAACAACAACAACCACCAAACAAAUAAAUAAAUAAAUGUUUAUGCUGUUGCUGUUUUGAUCUUGAGUCACAAAUGUAAGGCUAAGGGUUUUUGUGGGUUGUUUUUGUUUUAAGUGUUUUAAGCAAUAAAGGAAGUAUAGCUGCCAGCAGCAAUGAAGGUGAUGACGAAUGGCCACACACUAAAACAUAUCCUGCUUUAAUAUUUUAAUCAUUGUGGAACCACAAUUUACAAAAUCGACUUCAUGCUGUAUUGAAGAACAGACGAGUGACUAGCAACCGAUUUCCUCAUAGAUGAUCUCCUAUAAUCUACCUUGUUUUUGCCUAUGCAGCCCCCUGCUGGUGGUUUGAAAUAAUGUAGUUCUGGGAACACUGUGAUGUUAGCUCAAUAUUUCACACUUGGUAUUAUCUAUUUCUGAACUUUUCCUCCACUUUCAGCUCUGAAGGGAAUCUAAGUGUUUGAUGACAAAAUAUUUGUUGAUUUGGAAUAUCAGUCAUUAAACUGCAGUAGUACAG